AUGGCUUCGGACCCUGCGCCGCACUCGAAGCCUGUCGUCAUUCCCCCGCGGACUCCCACCAGGUCGUCCAUCUCCACGCAGACUGUGAGGGCGAGAGGACAAAAUGGCGGCAGGAGACAGCAAAUCCCCAACGACCACAGGCCAAAUGCUAUCCCCCCGGCAGUGGCAGCCCUACUCGCAGUCACUGCGAUACCUCCCCGGCCAACUCGCCGACGCAAGAACCCCACGAGUGAUAGACGGAUAUCGAUAGACGAGUUGAUCCAGGAGUGGAGGCAAGAGGAUGUCGGCAGUGGAAGCUCCAGCGUGAAUUCAUAUCUGGACCUGCUGUUGGAACAGCCAGACGAACGCGAGGAAGACGAGCCUGGCAGCUUGGGGAGUCCAGAGCAAGACAAGGAUUUCAUGUCGUCGAGAUCCGUCUCGAGCGAGUCAAUACCAUCUGUGCCAUCACUAGAGGGGGACGAGCAGUCGGUAGCAUCUUCAUGGAACUCAGCGGCCACGCCUAAUUUUUCGGUCAGGAAGCCCGGAGCGGAGCGCAAGGAGAAGUACAUUCAGUCUCCGCCAACGGAAGAGUGUGUUCUCGACCAUCCUCUGCUUCACUUCAGCUCCGACGAGUACGAGGAGACAGAUAUAACUACCACGAGCGUCUCCCCGGAAUCUCAACCAUCGACGCUACGCUUCAAGACUUUCAAAUCCAAUCUCACAGCAUCACUCCAAGCUCUCAAAUCCGCCGCCAAAUCCUUCUCCAACUUCACUGCCCCCAGCGUCCCCCCAGAUGACCUUCUCACCCGCUCUCUCCUCUCUCCCCGGUUCACCAGCGAAAUGCGUCCCAAACCGCUGCAAGGUCUCCCAACACCCGCCCUCCGCCGCUAUCUGAACCCCCAACCAACCUCGAUCUCCCCCACGGAACUCUCGAUGCAAUUCCACGACGGCCUCGACACCUACGACGCCGAUUCCUUGCCACCAAUGAUUCAAAUGCAAACCUACGACCGCCGGUCUCGCUCUUCCUCCCGGAAACGCCGAGGCAGCACCGGAUCCCUCCCCGAAGAGCGCACUCCCUUACCGACGCCCGCCGUCCGCCAGCGCGAACCCCGCGAGAAUGGCGAUUUCCUCCGCGUUAUAGUGCUCGAGAUGAACAUGCGACGCGGCGGGAAGCUGGACGCCAAAGCCGCAGGCCGAGCGCGAGUUUGGCUACCACCGCGCAAGACGAACGGGAGAGCAGAUGCUGUGGACGCGGAUGGCGGUGUGCCGGCGCGGUGGGUGGGAAUGCUGGCUGAAGAGCUGUAA